GCCCAUAAGGUGUUGUGAGAAUAAGAAGAAGAAGAAGUGGGUAUCUGUAUUUUGUAGUAACUGGUAAGAGAAGCUGUCGGCCUUCUUCGCCCGAGAGUGAUAAACCAGCUAACAUAUGUUGUAGCGUUAAACCCCAAAGACACGGAUAUGGUUUUCUGUUUCAGAGGAGGUUUUACUCAGUUACAACUAUGGCAGAUUCCCUGUUCUAAAAUUUACAUUCCUACCUCUAAAGGCGCAACAAAAUAUCCCAACUUCUGGUUAUGUAGAGAAAUGCAAACCUCCACAUCCACACCUCAAAUUGUACACAACAAACCAAAGGAUAAAAUUGAAAGUGUUGGUGCAUUUCAAAAACUACCUAUGGUGAUGCCUUCCGUUGAUAUUUUGUAUUCGGCUAUGAGGAAGGCCAAGAGAGUCUCACCCACUAAAGGCAUUGCUAAUAUUGCAAAGCGAGAGAGAAACCGAGCUGCAAAGCAACUUGAUGCACUGAUGAAAGAAUUGGCGGUUCCGUUGAGAAGUUAUUUGGAAAAUUUUCCCAAGAAAAAAUAUUUGCAUCCUUAUGAAAGAUCUCUUAUUGAGUUGACACUUGGGGAUGGCAUAUAUGAAGAGGUUUUAAAGAAAGUGGAUGCUCUGAGGAAGAAGGUGGUAUCUGUCGGGAAAGAACAUGCUUCUCUAUGUGCUAAGUCUUUAUCUAAGCGAGAAGCAGGUGAGCGAUUGGGUGAGGGUAUGGAAAGACUUGAGGACAUUUUUAACUGUGAAGGAAAAGCUGUUGAUGAUUUAUUGAAUAUCGCUAAGACUUUGCGGGCCAUGCCAGUAGUUGAUCUGGAAACGCCGACUCUCUGUCUUGUUGGAGCUCCUAAUGUGGGGAAGUCGUCUUUGGUUCGUGUACUCUCCACAGGAAAACCCGAGGUCUGCAACUACCCAUUUACAACUAGAGGAAUUCUAAUGGGCCACAUUACUCUAAGCUAUCAGAAUUUUCAGGUGACGGACACACCUGGCCUAUUGAGGAGAAGUGAUGAUGACAGGAAUAAUUUGGAAAAGUUAACUCUUGCUGUUCUCUCACAUUUGCCUACAGCGAUACUAUUUGUCCAUGAUCUGUCUGGAGAAUGUGGAACCUCACCUUCUGAUCAGUUUAAGAUAUACAAGGAGAUUAAGGAAAGGUUCAGGGAUCAUCUUUGGCUUGACGUCAUCUCAAAAUGUGAUCUGCUGCAUACAUCUCCUGUUGUUUACAUCACAGAAAGCGGAGAUGGUGAGCAUCUUGCAAUGGCCAGUUAUCGGAAAAUGGGACCUGAUGGAGCAAUCUGUGUAUCAGUAAAGAAUGAAGAAGGGCUUGAUGAGCUUAAAGAUAAAGUGCAUGAGCUGCUGGUUGCACAGAUGGAUAGAAUUGGAAGUGGAAGCAAUAGUGAUAGUCCUGAAGUUGUUACAUAAACCAUUCCUCUGUAACUGCAAGAACAUUGAGCUUUGGAUUAAGUUUGAUGAUGAGAUUACCGGCUAACUCAAACUCUGCCAUGUUGUGGAAAAAAAGCUUGGGGAGUGGGAGUGAGAUUUGGUGUUACGUACAUAAAGCAAGGACAU